ACUGCGUUGCCUAUCUGUUUGUUUGUUAGUUGGCGAUGGAGUUGACUAUCCCGGUUGAACAGAUUGGAUCCGAACACCAAAAGAUUCCGGCACUGUUGGUUGGCAUUGAAGAAACGGUGUGUACAAUACGGUAUACUGCAAAUCACUGUACAAUUAAAGUCGGUCUUUCCGAGCUUCAGUUGGCCCCAAAUGCGUUUUCGAUCAACGACAAGCUGGAUGUCCAAUCUGGUUCGUCUGAAAAUGAGGAAACGUCUCAUAAUUCAAAUCAUAACUUCUCACUCAGAGAUCCUGUUGAAGUCUGGCUAGAUUCUGGUUCAACUGCAAAGAAAAAAAGUACAGCAGAUGUAGAAACGAGCGACUCUGUAGAAACCAUGUCUAGUGGUCCACCUGGGGCGUGGUGGCCUGGUCGAGUUCUUACCAUACAAGGUGGCUUCGCACAUGUCGAGGUUGCUGCCCCAUUACAGGAGUACACUGGUGUAGAAGACAAACCAACUGCACAUGCCAUGCCUCAUUUAAUUGGACUUGGUUCUGUAGUCUUGCCAUAUCGCUCAACUCUUGUCAAGGUAACGGAAAUUCGAGUUCCAUGGAAUGGCAAGUUUUCGUGUGAUCAUACGGAGGAUCGAUCUCAAGCGGGUACUUUGAUGUCAGGCUUCAUUAAGGACAACUUAGUCGAAUCGAAUAAUUUGUUAAUCCCAGGAAUCCUUCAUCGUCACAGCAUUUGCAUUCCAGCUUACUUGUAUCGAUUAGCAGCCAAUCCAGAAUCGCAUUCAACUUUAGCUAAAUUUUGUAGUGCUCCAUGUCUUAUCCAGUGUGAUUCUGAACCAUUUCUCCCAGGGACGCUUGCAAAACUGAUACUAGGAGAUAAAGAGGGAUCAAAUGGGUCUGGACGACAUACACCAAUUCAUGCAGACUAUGGAUCAAUGAGCCCUUCCUUGUGUCUGUCGACAUAUACAUGGCCUUCACCAUCUCUGAUAUCACAAGCAGCUAUGAUGAACGUUCCGUAUAUCGCCGGAACACUGAGUCCAGCAGGGAUUACAGACCCAAACAUCCUUUUGACAGGUCUACCUGGAGCCAAUGGACCUCUUGUACUGCUCCAUAUCUGGUCCGGUUCUUCUGAAGCAAUUCGACGCGCAACUUUCUUAGAAUUGGGCCACAUUCGUUUGUUGGCUGUUCGAUUCCACUUGCUAAGAAACUUAUCCAAAGGGGAGACUGGUGAUCUGGAAUUGUCCAACAGCGGUGAACUAGAUGGCGAUGCUCCUGCAAUUCAUUGUAAACCUAUAAGUUUGCCAGCAACUGUGUCCAGUGACAAACAAGCGUCUGGUGGGAUGAUUAUUGGUUAUGAAUGUCGUUUUCGAAUUUUGCCACAUUUGAUUGGUCUCGCUAUUGGGCAUCGUGGUGCAACUAUUCAAGAAGCUCGAGGAAUCCCUGGAGUUCGUACGGUGGAUCUUCUUUUUGAUGGCAUAGUCCAUGUAGAAGCUGAGACUAUUGAAGCAUGUCACGCAGUGAGAAAUCUUUUGGAUUUCACUGAAGUUGAGAUUCCAGUCCAACCACGAUUAGCAAGUAGACUGAUCGGAUCAAAAGGCAUGAAUAUUCGCAAAUUAGCAGAAGCUGCAGGUGUUCGGCGAGCUAAGCUACUUGAUCCUUUCGCUAGAAAACGCAGACUAAUGGCUCAACGUCAAAGUCAUUGUCCAGUACGUGUUGACUUGGAACGUGGAGGUUCUGUAACAGAUGGCGAUGCUCAUGAAGAUACAUCAAACGGUGAAGAAACUGACAACGGGAACGAAAAGCUUUCUGUCAAUCUGGAUGGUUAUUUGAAUGAUGACAAGAACUCCGGUAGUAUCGUCGACUUAUCCCCUGCUUUCUCUCUUGUUGGUACACGUUCAUCUGUUGCGAAAAUGCGUCUACUACUUGAAUUCCAAGCAGAUAAUUGGAAUGAACUAGAUGAAUUAGAAGAAGCCCGAAGAUCGUUGUUCAGUCAGUUGCGUCAAACCAAUCAACUCAAUCACCAAUCGGAUUCUGUAUCACCUACUCGCAUUUCGAAUGGCAGGCCUAGUAGAGGUGGUGGGAAUUUCGGGAGGAAUCGAACUGUGGGUCGCGGUCGUCGACAACCUGAGAGCUUUGUUCCUGAGCAAUCUUUGGAUGAUAAAGAAGUAUCUCAUCCGCCUAAUGCUCAUGGGCAACACCUGCGUGGCAAAAAUACCCACCCGUCAGAUGUACCCAAUAGUAAUAUGAAAAAUCGUCAAUCAUCAGUCAAUGAUUCGUAUUCUUGUUAUUCUAACGGUGUAAUGUCAACUGGUGAUCAUGGAAAUCCACAAGCUGACAAUAAAGCCAUUAAGAAUGAUAAUUUGGGCGCAAAUAAUUUUAAUGACGACCAACCAUCAAAACAGAACAACGGUACCUCUAGACGUAGUCAAAACCACAAUAAGGCAAGAGCAAGUUAAUAUUUGCGGAUUUAUGAUAUUUCACCAAGAUCGUAUGGUGUCCUUUUACAUACGUUGCCUUUUCCAAAAGCUAACUAUUUUGAGUUAAAAUGUGCUUUCUUACAGUUAUUAGGUUUAUCUUUCCACAAAAUGUUCAUAAUCGUAUGCAGUGUAGAUGAUCUUCCUCCUAGUAUUCUGCAUAAAUGCUCUUUCAUUUUCGGACUGUGUCUCAACAAUGACAGGACAUCAUGUGUUUGUUUAGAUUUUCGCUUAGCCUUUUGAAGUGCAUUUACACACGCACCACCACUGUGUAAUUAAACAUGACUUUGUUUCUCUCACCAGUCUGUACCUUUUUACAUUGCAACCUCAAAUUGACUGGCGAUUAUCUUUUAGCUUUUCUCUACCACCAUCCAUCGAUAAAUUUUGAUCUUUGAAAAUAAGAUUGUUGGUUUUGCG